AUGACUUCCAUAAUGUUUUGGAAUUAUAGGGGGGCAAGGAAGAAAGAGGCCUCCCACUAUUUGAAGGAAUGCAUUAAAGAUUUUGAUUUGAUCUUUGUUGGAUUAUCUGAAACUAAGAUAUCCAUUUUUGAUAGAAAAGACUGUGACAAUUUUAUAGGAAAGCUUUGGGAUUUUUACUGUUAUCCGGCUGAAGAUAUCUCAGGUGGACUAAUGGUUUGUUGGAGAAAGGAUCUUGCCACUUUUUCCAUCUUGUUGUCUUCUCCUCAAACAAUUAUAGAAGAAUUGUACAUUGCUAACAAGGGAAAAUGGAUUAUUGCUUCUGUAUAUGGUAAUAAUGAUUUAUACAAGAGGAAGAACCUUUGGAACACGCUUGAAGGCAUUUCUAACCCAGUUUAUCCAAUAAUCAUUGGAGGGGAUUUCAACUGCAUUCUAUCUCAGAAGGACAAACUAGGAGGGAAAAGAUUCAAAUACACUCAAGGAGUCCAAGACUUCAACAAUUUUAUUAGUUCAUGUGAUCUUCAUGAACUAAAGUUUAUUGGUCCUAGGUACACUUGGUGCAACAAAAAGACAGGGGGAGCUAGAAUCAUGGAAAGAUUAGACAAAUGCUUCUUGAAUUCGGCUGCUUUGCUCUCUAUUAUAAAUCUAGUGGUUAAACAUCUUCCUAGAAUAGCGUCUGAUCUUUGCCCCAUUCUUGUAAACUUGUUCAAUCCAACUAUUCGUAGAAAAAGGUUCAUCAAGUAUGAAUAA